UGAUUAAAGUAAGCGCUAUCCUCGUGAGGCAGAAGAGUCUGCCCAAUCUAAACACCCCCUUCUCUCCCCCAAGUAGCACACGGUAACAAAGGCAAAAGUCUAGAGAGAGAAAGCAAGAAGCUAGAGAGAGAGAGAGAGAGACAGAGGGUUGUUUGUGUGCGAGUAAUGACGGGCGGGGGGUCAUCGGGGAGGCUGCCGACGUGGAAGGAGAGGGAGAACAACAAGAGGAGGGAGAGGAGGAGGAGAGCCAUUGCCGCUAAGAUAUACUCUGGUCUCAGGGCUCAGGGGAACUAUAAGCUGCCCAAGCACUGCGACAACAACGAGGUCUUGAAGGCCCUCUGUACCGAGGCCGGUUGGGUCGUUGAAGACGAUGGCACCACCUAUCGCAAGGGAUAUAAGCCACCCCAGACAGAGAUUGCAGGCACUUCAGCGAACCUCAGUGCAUGUUCCUCUCUCCAACCAAGCCCACAAUCCUCAAAUUUUGUAAGUCCUGUGCCAUCCUAUCAUGCCAGCCCAUCCUCGUCCUCUUUCCCAAGUCCUACCCGUUUCGAUGCAAACCCCUCCUGUUACCUCCUGCCGUUCCUCCGCAACAUUGCCUCCAUUCCUACGAAUCUCCCUCCCCUUAGAAUAUCUAACAGUGCUCCUGUAACGCCACCUCUUUCUUCACCAACCUCUAGAGGUUCAAAGAGAAAACCUGACUGGGAAUCCUUAUCCAAUGCCUCCCUAAACGCCUUCCGCCACCCUCCCUUUGCUGCAUCUGCCCCUGCAAGCCCUACGCGGCGCCAUCAUAUUACGCCCGCCACAAUACCAGAAUGUGAUGAGUCUGAUGCUUCCACGGUUGACUCAGGUCGCUGGGUCAGUUUCCAGACAGGUGCACACCUAGCAGCUCCUCCUUCACCUACGUUUAAUUUAAUGAAACCGGUGGCCCUACAGGGUUCUCUCCAAGAUGGGGGCAAUGGGCAUGAAGCCCUAGACUGGGGUGCUGCGGCAGAGAAAGGGAGAGGCUCGGAGUUUGAGUUUGAGAGUGGCAUAGUGAAGCCAUGGGAGGGCGAGAGAAUUCAUGAGGUAGGAGUGGAUGAUUUGGAGCUUACGCUAGGGAGUGGGAAGACCCGUUGUUAAGCUUCCGGUUGAUGAUCGUGCUUGAGAAUGUAUAGAAUAGGAGGGAAAGAUAUCACCUUGUAUGUGGAUUUAGAUUUGCAUUCUCAAUGGGUAUUUGGUUUUCUUAGCCGGCUGUGGCAUUGCUUGGGGGUCUCUUGUGACUUCUGCCACUGUUGGGAAGCUUUGAUUUGAUGGCGGCGCAUAUCCUGUCUUUUCUUCAUGUGUACAGUUCUCUUUCUCUAGGAGCCAGGAGGCAUUACAGGAUCGUAAACCAAUUGCAUUCAUUUAUCAAAAGGUCGAAUUUUCACGAGCUUCAUUGAAGAAAAGCUUUCCUAAUAAGUUCUUGAUGCGUUGGGAAAGGCUGGAGCAGGUGAAAUCGGGAAGUGUUGUUCCCGAUCGAUCAUGUUUGGAGUAGCUUUUUGUUGUAGGAGCCUAUUAGAAUUGUCAGUGGGGUUGUCAGACAGUUGUGUCUUUUUUUCCUCUUUGGGAUUAAAAAACAGUAAAAUACAUGACCCGAAAGGGCAAAACCGUUUGAAGAUAGCUAUUAUCUUAUUGGCAAACGAAUCUAUAUAAUGUUGAUUUACUAGCAA